AUGGAUACCGAUGUCGAUGCAAUCGAUAUCGAUGAUGAUGAUGACGACGAUGCUGGUAAAUUUAGCAUCGCCAAUUACUGCCACCUUAAAGACGAUAACGCCCUCAUUGGUGAAGACAACGUUCUUUCAGCAGUGCACACGAAGCGCACUGCUGUUGACAGGUAUAAGUUAGCAACGGAAUUUCUGCUGACUCGCGAAGCGGUUGUCCGCUUCGUUCAAGACUCUAUUGCAGAUGCCCUAGACAAGAAGAAAAGAAAUGCAGACAAACAUGGAAGAGCAAGUGUUUUUUCAUUUAAUGAGGGAGACUUAGUACUACUGUCUGCAGUAAAUCCACCGAAACACGCAGUGGCAAACGUAAGCAGCAGUAAAACACUGCCCAAGUGUAUUGGUCCAUUUCGUGUGUUGCGCCGAAUGGGCAACGCAUACACGAUUGAACUGCCCCGUAAGAUGCGCACGCAUCCUACGUUUUACUUUGGACAUCUCCGCCCGUACUAUCAGUACGAGCCCGUUUCGAGAUGCGAGAAAUCCUCCGCGGUCGAGAGCCGAGACCACCUUCGGGUGGUCCGGUUUCAACGAGCCAGUCUGGUAUACUAG